GCCACUCUUGUUUCCUUCGCACCCAUUUGUUGAAGCGAAUAAUAAAAGGGCUCAACAAGAAGAGGACCAAAAGAGAGGGAGGAAGAAGAGGAAAUUCUUGGUUUAAAGAAGGCACUAUGGCCGAGGCAGUUGUUACGUCCGCCGCAGGGAAACUAGUUUCGAAAUUUGUUGAGAGCCUGUUUGCUCCCAUUGGACGCCAAUUUGGGUACUUGCUAUGCUACAAGAGCUACGUCCUAGAUCUCCAAAAUGGACUCAAGGAGCUGGAGGCUGCAAGGGAAAGGGUGCAGCACUCUGUUGUAGAAGCCGAGAAUAACGGAAAACUCAUUGAAAGUGAUGUUAAGAUUUGGCUGGAGAGUGUGGAGGAGGAGACUGAGAAGGCAGAUAACCUGUUAAAACGUGGCGAAAGUGCAAAAAGUGCUUGCUUCCGUGGGUGGCUUCCCAACCCAGUGGUCCGCCAUCCAAUUGGCAGAGAGGUGAAGAAGAUGAUUCCAGUCAUUCAGAAGCUCCGUGAAGAAAGCCAAAAUAGUAACUUCCAGAAGGUCUACCGUGAGAAUCCUCCGAUAGGAUUUGUCGCUGCUAUCACUUCCACUGCAAGACCUGUUGAGAGCAAAGAAGAUGUCCUGGAGUCCAGGUCCAAAAUCAUGGAGGAAGUAAUGAAGGCUAUAGUGGAUGACAAGGUCAUUGUGGUUGGGGUGUGGGGACCAGGUGGGGUUGGCAAGUCCAAGCUUUUGGAGGAUGUGGAAAGGCGAGUUAAGAAAGAUCGGAAGCCAUUCGAUUUGGUUGCCAAGGCAAAUGUGUCACGCAAUCAAGAUAUAAAGGGAAUCCAGGAUGAAAUUGCUGACGCCCUUGGCCUGCAUCUAAUGAAUGAGAAAUCUGCUCCGGGGAGAGCAUAUCGUUUGUGUGAGAGGUUGGAGAGUGGCCCUCAGAAAAACAUUCUCAUAAUUUUAGAUAAUUUAUGGGAGAAGCUAGAGUUGAAGAAAGUUGGUAUUCCUUGCGGCGAUGAUAAUAAAGUAAGAGGCUGCAAGCUAUUGUUAUCAUCUAGAAAUCGAGAUGUUCUGCGCACUCAUAUGGGCUCUGAUCGAGAAUUCUCACUCAAUAACUUAGAGCAUGAAGAAGCCCGAAGACUCUUUGAAAGGACAGUGGGGUACAAAGUUACCAAUCCUGAGUUUGAACCCUGGGUUGAUGGAGUGGUGAAGAAUUCCGGAGGUUUGCCACUUUUGAUUAUUUCGUUGGCAAAAAGGUUGAAGCACGGAGAUUUGGCUGCAUGGAGGAAUGCUUCGACCAAUAGAGACCUAUCGGAUGUAAAGUCACUAUUGGAGCAAAGUUACGAGGACGUAAAAGAUGAGAGGAUCAGAUCAGUAUUCUUGAUUUGUGCUUUAGGCUGUGGGAAAAUUUCCCUGAGGGAUUCUCUUAUCUGCUGCAUGGGUUUGGAUUUAUAUGAAAAAUUCAGCAACACCAUUGAUAACGCUAGAGAUAGGUUGAUUGUGGAUGUACAUAGCCUGCAGGACUCUUCAUUAUUACUGGACAGUAAUGACGAGAAGUGGGUCAGAAUGCAUGACAUAUCUGUUGACGUGGCCAUCUCUAUUACUUCCACGGAUUGGUACGCCUUGGUCGGGAGGAAGGAUUUUGGGUUUAAACAAUGGUCAAAGACUGAGCUCAGAAAAUGCACCGCCAUAUCCUUCAUUUGGGUCGGCCUCGAUGAGCUUCCUGAAAAAUUGGACUGCCCAAACUUGAGAAUACUUAUAUUAGCUGAAACUAAUUGGUCUCUGAAAAUUCCGGAGUUAUUUUUUGAAUCUAUGGAGAAGCUCCAAGUCUUGGACUUGACUGGUGUGUGUAUCACCUCUCUACCUUCGUCGAUCGAAUUCCUUGGGAACCUCAAAUCGCUGACUCUUGUAGAGUGCUGUCUAGAGGAUGUGACUGUUCUUGGAAAGCUAACAGGCUUGCAAUUCCUAAAUUUCUCCAGAUCUGCAAUCCCUCGAUUGCCCAAAGAAAUAGGCGAACUAACAGAAUUGAGAGUUUUGGACUUGACAAGGUGCACCGGGCUCAAAAUUAUCGAGCCUGAAGUGCUCGGAAGCUUGGUUAAUUUGGAAGAGCUGUAUAUGGAGGACAGUUUUGAUCAAUGGGAGGUCGAGGGUGAAGCAUCGCGAAGCAACGCCAGCCUGGCUGAGUUAAAGUACAUGAAAAAGUUGAGAACUCUCUACAUUACUAUUCCUCAUUCUACCAAUCUCUCAAGUGACCUCCCAUUUGGAAAUCUGAACAAGUAUAAAAUCCGAAUUGGGGGCACUAAGGGUUGCUCUGGUGAACACAAAGAAUCCAGAACUUUAGAGCUCAAGCUGGAUUCCGGGGAUCUUUUCCAAAAUGUGUGGAUGCAGGAAUGUUUGGGGAGAACGCAAGAUCUCUGCUUGGAUGGAUUGCAAGAUGGCAGCGAUAGCAUUCACAACUUGUGCAUCAAAGGUUUUCUGGAGUUGAAGCAUCUUCAUGUAAAAAAUAACUUCUCGGUUCAUUAUGUUGUUGACUCCACACAUUACCCUGCAUUUACAAGAUUGGAAUCGUUGGUUCUUGAGAAUUUGAGCAGCUUGGAGAAGAUUUAUCACGACUGUCUUGCCCCAAGAUCGUUGGGCACAUUAAAGAUUGUGAAAGUGAAAAACUGCGGUGAAAUCAAACAUUUAUUUCAUUCGUUCAUGACGAAAAAUUUCUCGCAACUGGAAGAGAUUGAAAUAACGAGAUGCCACUUGAUGCAGCAAAUUGUUGCAAAUGCCGAGUCAGAUGAAUACAUAGACGAAAUAGAUGAUGAUGCUAGCACGAAGUCAUUCAAGUUGCGUAGGCUAACGUUACAAAACUUGCCAGAGAUGACGAGCUUCUGUAAAACUGGGGACCAUUCAGUCAUAUUCUUCGAUGGGCAACAGGUAAUAAAGCUACAGAAUUUGGAAGCCAUAAGUGUUGAAAGAUGUCAAUUAAUACGGGAAGUAUUCGACCUUCAAGGAUUGACAGCUAGUGGGGUUAUUGAGAUUCUAUCACGAUUGACCACAUUAACCUUGAGUGACUUACCAAGGUUGGAGCACAUAUGGAACAAGAAUCCAAGAAUAGCUUUGUGUUUCCGAAACUUAAGGGCACUGAAGGUGCAAAACUGUGAGAACUUGAGGUUUCUUUUUUCUUCUUCCAUGGCCAAAACACUCCAGCAAAUAACAGAAAUAGAAAUAGCGAGUUGUAAAUUGUUGGGGGAAAUUAUAGAUGUAGAAGAAGAAGAUUCAAAGGAAGCUGCAUCCAUUGACACUUUGGAGUUCCCUAUGUUAACCUCUUUAUCUCUUGAAGAAUUGCCAAAUCUCAAGACAUUCUCUUAUGGGAAGUACCGUAUUCACUGUCCAAACUUAACAAGAUUGAGGAUAGCUGGAUGCCCAAAAAUGAUGACAUUCUCUUCAUUUGAAGGAAAGCAACAAUCGAUGGCAACCGAUACAGGUUCACAACAAGCGUUUGUUGGUGUCGGCUCCAGCUUGCCCUUGCCUGCAUUCUUCGAUCAAAAUGUUCUUUUUCCGUGCUUGGAGGAGUUGACCUUUGUAUUGUGUGGGUUGAUGAAGAUAUGGCACAAUGAACUUUCUGAAGAAUCAUUCUGCAAAUUAGCAUCCAUCACGGUCCGAGAUUGUGAAAAUUUGUCUCAUAUUUUUCCCUCAACUUUAGUAGAGAGGUUCCGGAGCCCGAAAAUGAUUGAGGUGGUCAAGUGUACCUCUUUGGAAGCAUUAAUGGAACAUGUUUCUAUCAACUCUAAGGAAAGACAAAAACAUCUGGUCUUCAUAGAAUUAGAAGAAGUGAAAUUGUGGGACCUGCCGAGGCUGAAUGCGUUGGUGCCAAGCAGCACCAAAGCAACGUUGGGUCUUCCUAGUCUGACUAAUGUUGGCUUGCGCAGUUGCCACGAUUUGAGAUAUCUCUUCACAAAUGACACAUACAGGACUCUCGAUAAGCUUGAGAAGCUAGAUGUUUCUGGUUGCAAUAACAUGCGGGAAGUAGUUGUCGUGGAAGAAAGUGGAGACCGACAGUUGAAGGCCGUGAAGUUCUCUCGUUUACAUACAUUGAAGCUUCGUUCCCUUAAGAGAUUGAUUAGUUUCAGCUCUGGAAGUUGUGCAUAUGAGUUUCCUUCCCUUAGAAAUCUUUCAAUUGUGGAGUGCACUAAACUCAAGGCAUUUACGCCGAGGAUGCCGGUGCCAAGAGUGGAGACGAUGAAUGGGGUAUCGGCCGGUUUUGAUGAAAGUCCACAUUCUUUAUUUGAUGACAAGGUUGUAUUUCCCAUGUUAGAAGAGCUACGUCUAAGAGGAAUUCAAUCCAUAGAAUUUUGGGAGAAUGAGAUGCCCAAUGAGUCCAUUUGUCGACUAAAGGUCCUUGUGGUGAAGCAAUGUCCCAACUUAUUGAACGUCAUCCCUGCAUUUAUGUGGAAGAGACUACUUCAUUGUAUGGAGUCCUUGACAGUUGAGGAGUGCCCACGUCCGAGAAACCUUUUUCCAAUAUAUGUGGCAAAAAGUCUGGUACAACUCCAGCAUCUUAUUCUUGGUGGUUGUGAAGAGAUGGAGUACAUUGUUGCCAGAGAAGAGGAGACACUUGUAGAAGCAGCCGGCAUAAUUGCAAUUCCUCAACUUGUCACUCUGUAUAUUCACAACAUGCCAAAACUCAGAAGUUUCUACCAAGGGAAUCAUAUUUCAGAGUGGCCCUCCUUGAAAAAUUUUACUGUAGAAGAUUGUAAAGCCGUGGAGGUCAUUCCACAAUUGGAGAUAUUGCCAUUAGCAAGGGAGGAUGUUGUGACGAUACCGCAGCAUUACAUCUUUUGCAAUCUCGGAGGGCUAGUUUUCGGAUGCUACCAUGAUGAAAAUGUCGCCUUUCCCUCCAACUUCCUUCUCCACAGAUUCCCCAAUCUAGAAGAGCUUUCUUUGGAUUGUAGUUCCUUCAAGGAGAUAUUUCCAGAAGAUGCAUUUGGACAUGGGGGCACGAGUCUAAAGGCUCUUGGAAAUCUUAAGCGACUUCGGUUGACUAAGUUGUGUAAUCCGAGUCGAGUCCGGAAAGAUGGCUCCUUGAUGGCUGAAAUCCUCAAACAAAUUGAAGAUCCGUACAUUUCCGAGUGCCCCAGUUUAUCAAUUGUAUUUCCAACUCCAACUUCAUUCCAUAGCUUGACAGAACUAGAAUUAGAGGAUUGCGACGGUUUGGUUCAUGUGGGGACUUGCUCAGUAGUGACGAGUCCGAUGCACCUUACUCGGCUAAUCCUAAGAAAUUGUGCUAAAAUGGAAGUUGUGGUAACAGAUGAUGGAAAUGGAGCGGAGGAGUUCUGUUUCCCCAACUUGGAAGAGCUGAUAUUCGAUCGUUUACCAAGCCUCGAGAGCUUCUCCCCCAUGAAUUGCAUCUUCACGUUCCCGUCAUUGGAGAGUAUUGUUGUGAUGCAGUGCCCUAAGAUGGAUAUAUUCUGCAAGGGCACCUUGAGGACACCGAAACUAGAUGAAGUACUCCUCUCCGAAGAGGAUGAUGAAGGGCAUUGGGAGGGCGACCUUAAUACCACCAUACAAACCUUGUGGCGUCAAACAGAUUCCGAAGUACUCUCGGACGACGAUGAUGAGAAAGGCCCGUCACAGGAUGACCUUGAUACCACCAUCCAAAGCUUUGAGGCAUGA